AAGUCUCAAGCUUUUUCUCGCCGAAGCGAACAAAGCGAGAGACACCGGCUACAACUAAGGAUAUGGAUGAGCUAGAUGUCCGGACUGCUAUUGAUGCCAUCGAUGCUGCUUGUGCUUCGUCUGGCUCCAGAGACGGCUGAGUUUGGUUUUUUUUCUACGUCACUUUGUUCGACGUCAUGCGACUCCGCAAACCAGGAAACCAAGCAAUUGUCUGACAUGCGCUAACGGUUUAAAGCUGGACUACUGCCCACACGACCAGAAUCCCAUCAAACAAUGAGCAACUAUAAGGAGAACCUCAAGAAGGAAGCGCGUGACCAGACAUCACGCGCUUUUGCAGUCGGUAAAGAUGCCGUUGCGUCCACUGCAUGGAUCUAUCCACUCAAGGGCAUCCUCUACUGCCUUGGACAAAAGAAACUACUGCAAGAGAUUCAAAAGCAACUCAUGCCAAAACUCGUCAUGGCGAUUGCUGUGACGAUUGUUUUGUUUGCAACAGUUUAUGUUCCGCAAGCGCUUGCAAUGGCUCUCUUUUCUGGGCCAUUGGCGUUUAUUAGCGCUGUGCCUUUGGUCUUGAGUGAAGCAAACUUGCUCAUCAAUAUCCUCUCAACAUUCUUCUUAAACACAGAUCUCGAUUUGAUCUUUGAUAAGGUCUUGCUGGAGAAGGGACACGAGACACUCGUUGGAAAGGGACGUGUGGUGGGCGCCACUGGAAGUGGUAAACAAGGUCACAUGAAGGCAAAGCUGACGUCGGGUCUACAAAAGUUCUCACCGCAAGCAGUCAUUCGCUAUCUCCUUACCUUGCCACUCAACUUCAUCCCAGCCAUUGGUACGAUCUUGUUUCUUGUACUGAAUGGACGAAAAGCAGGACCACGCUACAUGAGUCGUUAUUGGCAGCUGAAGGGUGAGAAUUCAGCGUCUGUAGAGCGGGAGAAGACUGGUUCAUUGACGGCAUUUGGUACGGCGACUGUGUUGUUGGGUAUGGUUCCUGUUGCGAACCAAUUCUUUGAAUAUACCAAUACGGUGGGUGCUGCGCUCUUUGCCUCGGAUCUGGAAAAGGGCGCACAGGCUGGUGGUAUGUGAAGCUGAAGAACAACUAUCCAAAUAGAGACAAGUCGGUUUUAUCUGCCUUGACUACCUUUUAAAAAGAAAGAACAGCCGCUACAUGAAAGUGGAACAAGAAAAAGACGGAAAUGGCAAACUAUGUAGCGACGUAACAAGCACAUGAAAAGCCUGGAACGUUUUGAGAAAUAGAGGCGAGCCAUGCGGAAGAGGCCGUCGUGUAGGCAGGGCUUGGAGCUGCACCUCAAGACUGCAUUGCCAUUGAGUGCAUU